UAGAAGUCCAUCAAAAAGGGCACUGCUUUGACAUGCCGCUUCUAUGGAACUUAAUGCAUAGCGAUUCCUACCAGUUAUAGCGUGUUUCUUGGUUUCCAAGUUCAAUCCAGAAGCUCGGUGGGAUGACAGCAUGUAGGUAGGCUUGUGUUCCAGCAGAGAAAAUAGAGAGAGUAAACAGGGAAAAAAAGACUUGACAGACGCAAUAGGAGAAGAUAUGAAGAAACAAGAGGAAAUUCUGAGGGAGGGAGAUGGUGGUCGGACGAAGAAGGGGGACGAAACAGUGCCAUUCUGUAAGAUGUUUUCAUUUGCGGACACUUGCGAUGUGGCUUUGAUGGCCGUCGGUACUGUCGCAGCGGUCGCUAACGGGAUCUCGAUGUCGCUCGUGUCCUACGUCUUUGGUCAGCUCGUUAAUGCCUUCGGCUUCAGUAGUAAGGCCUCUAUAGUGCAUGAGGUCUCCAAGGUGGUUGUCAAAUUUUUAUAUUUAGCUGCAGGAUCAGGUGUUGCUUCUGUUCUACAGGUCUCAUGCUGGAUGGUGACUGGAGAGAGACAAGCAACUCGAAUUCGUGGCUUAUACCUCAAAGCUUUACUGAGACAGGACAUUGCAUUCUUUGAUAAUGAAACUACAACUGGGGAAGCAAUUGAGAGGAUAACUGGGGACACUGCACUUAUUCAGGAUGCCAUUGGUCCAAAAGCUGCAACUUUUGUGCAACUCGUUUCAACCUUCUUUGGUGGCUUUAUUAUAGCAUUUACAAGAGGCUGGCUUUUGUCUCUGGUCAUGUUGUCUAGUUUUCCUCCCAUUGUUAUUGCUUUUGGAACCAUGUAUUUGUUACUGUCCAAAUUGUCGAGCCGUGGACGGAAGGCAUACGCUGAAGCUGGAGCUGUGGUCGAACAAACACUUGGAUCCAUCAGAACAGUUGUAUCCUUUACAAGUGAGAAGCGAGCCAUUGACAAGUACAACAAGUUCAUAAAAGUUGCAUACAGGGCUACUGUUCACGAAGGGGCCGUCACUGGCUUAGGAACUGGCUUCAUGUUAUUCAUUUUGUUCUGCAGUUAUGGCUUAGCUGUAUGGUACGGUUCCAAGUUGAUAAUUGAGAAAAGCUACAAUGGUGGAGUUGUCAUGAAUGUCAUAGAAGCCAUUGUGAUCGGUGGAAUGUCCCUUGGCCAGACAUCCCCCUGUUUGAAUAAAUUUGCAGCAGGGCAGGCAGCAGCAUAUAAAAUGUUCGAGACUAUCAACCGAAAACCAGGCAUUGAUGCCUAUGACACAAACGGCAUCGAGUUGGAAGAUAUGAAGGGCGACAUCGAACUUAAAGAUAUUUAUUUCAGCUACCCAGCAAGGCCCGAUCAGUUGAUAUUUGAUGGCUUCUCGUUGCGUAUACCAAGUGGCAGAACCAUGGCUCUAGUUGGAGAGAGUGGCAGUGGCAAAUCUACUGUGAUUAGUUUGGUGGAGAGAUUUUAUGAUCCACAGGCUGGUGAGGUGCUGAUAGAUGGCGUCGACCUGAAGAGCUUAAGGCUUGGGUGGAUGAGGCAGAAGGUGGGACUAGUUAGCCAAGAGCCCGUCUUGUUUGAUGCCACCAUCAAGGAGAACAUUGCGUAUGGGAAGGAAGGAGCAACACUGGAAGAUAUUAAGAGAGCUCUUGAGCUUGCAAAUGCUGCCAAGUUCGUUGACAUGAUGCCGGAAGGCCUUGAUACGUUGGUUGGCGAGCAUGGAGCGCAACUCUCUGGCGGACAAAAGCAGAGGAUUGCAAUUGCGAGGGCAAUUCUGAAGAACCCCAAGAUCCUACUUUUGGACGAAGCCACGAGCGCGUUGGAUGCUGAAUCCGAGAGGAUGGUUCGAGAUGCAUUGGUCAGAAUCAUGUCAGGAAGGACCACCAUCGUGGUUGCUCAUCGUUUGAGCACUGUGAGGAAUUCUGAUGCGAUCUCAGUCCUGCAUCACGGAAAACUUGUAGAACAAGGUUCGCAUGCUGAGUUGAUCAAAGACGUCGACGGGACGUACUCGCAACUUGUACGCCUGCAGGAGGUUAACAAACAAGAUGAAGAACCUCCGGUGGAGUCGAGAAAAUCAUGUUCGAGUUGUGACAUUGCAAGGUCAUUGAGCAGAUCGGCGAGUUCCAGGUUUUCCCAUCAGAGAUCAACUAGCCGAGGUUCCUCCCAUGGAGGAGGCAUCGUGCCUUAUUCCUCAACAUCUUUAGAAGAUGAACACAAGGAAUUAGAAGAGCAGGAUGAUGAUGGCGAAGUGAGCAAAGGGGUACCUGUCAGGCGACUGGCCUCUCUGAACAAACCGGAGCUGCCAAUUCUUCUGCUAGGAUCCACCGCUGCCGCGUUACAUGGAGUGAUAUUUCCAGUGUUUGGAUUCCUCAUUUCGCGUUCCAUCAUGACAUUCUUCGAACCGCCACACGAACAGCGAAAAGAAGCCAGGUUUUGGACACUGAUGUAUGCGCUUCUGGGGGUAUUCUCUCUCAUUAUGGCACCAGCACAGCACUACUUCUUUGCGGUGGCAGGUGGAAAUCUGAUCAAACGUAUACGAUCCUUGUUAUUUGAGAGAGUGGUGCACCAAGAGAUCAGCUGGUUUGACGAGCCUUCAAAUUCCAGCGGGGCAAUUGGUGCAAGGCUAUCAACAGAUGCUUCGACCGUACGAGCGCUUGUAGGAGAUUCCUUGGCAGUGAUGGUUCAGAACUUAUCUUCUGCUGUCAUGGGGUUUGUCAUAGCCAUGGUUGCAAACUGGAGACUUGCACUCAUAGUCUCUAUAUUGGGACCUCUGGUGGGUUUGCAGGGGUAUGUUCAGACGAAGUUACUUGAGCCAUCCAGUGCAGAUGUCAAGGUUAUGUAUGAAGAUGCCAGUCGGGUAGCAAGCGAUGCAGUCAGGAGCAUUCGAACUGUUGCAUCGUUUUGUGCAGAGCAGAGGAUUUUGGAUACUUACGAAAAGAAAUGCAGAGUGCCCAUGAAACAUGGAGUCCGACGAGGAGCCACAAGUGGCUUCGGUUUUGGCUUCUCAAAUUUGGUGCUCUAUUGCACCUAUGCACUAUGUUUUUAUGUGGGCGCCAUUUUUAUUCAUGAUGGUCAUGCAAGUUUUACUCAAGUAUUUAUGGUCUACUUCGCUUUGACCAUCGCAGCUAUCGGAAUUUCACAGACAAGUGCAUUCGGUCCAGAUUCCGCCAAAGCAAAGGAAUCAACUGCUUCAAUUUUUGCAAUUCUUGCUCGGACGUCCAAGAUUGACUCGAGCACUGAUGACGGCAGAGUGUUAUCGAAUGUGAGGGGAGACAUUGAAUUCCAGCAUGUUUGCUUCAAAUAUCCUACCCGUCCCGAUGUGCAAAUCUUCAGUGACCUCUGCUUGAGGAUCCCCUCGAGAAAGAUUGUCGCACUAGUUGGAGAGAGUGGAAGUGGAAAAUCGACUGCCAUCGCUCUGCUGGAGAGAUUCUAUGACCCUGAUUCCGGCAAAAUCUUGUUAGAUGGAGUAGAAAUCCAGAAGUUCAAAGUAAGUUGGCUGAGACAGCAGAUAGGCUUAGUAAGCCAAGAGCCAGUGCUAUUCAACGACACAAUCCAUGCCAACAUAGCUUAUGGAAAGCAAAGGGAGGUAUCAGAAGAAGAGAUCAUUGCAGCUGCUAAAACAGCAAAUGCCCAUUGGUUCAUAUCGGCAUUGCCCCAAGGAUAUGACACCAACGCCGGGGAGAGAGGGAUGCAGCUGUCCGGUGGGCAAAAGCAGCGCAUAGCAAUUGCAAGAGCGGUUAUCAAGAAUCCUAAAAUUCUACUGCUUGACGAAGCAACCAGCGCUUUAGACGUGGAAUCUGAGCAUGUGGUACAGGAAGCAUUGGAUAGGGUGAAGGUUGGAAGGUCGACGAUGGUUGUGGCUCAUCGUUUAUCCACAAUUAAAGGAGCUGAUAUAAUUGCUGUGGUAAAGAACGGUGUGAUAGUCGAGCAAGGACGGCAUGAAGCCCUCAUGGAGUUGGCAGACGGAGUUUAUGCUUCUCUUGUUGCAGUGGGUACAUGUUCUAGGUGAUUGAAGAAAAUUGUGAUAAAUUGAAAACAAAACUAGAGAUGGAGGGACAAACAUAUUCCAUCUCUCUAAUUGGACCAUAGAUAUGAACCCUUACUCCUACUCAUUUUCCCAUGAUAUAUUAUGUAAUUAAGGAUGGUGGAGCGCAAACAUUAAUUCUAUGAUAUUC